AUGACCGAGCCAACAGUGUCGCCUUUGAAUCUCGCCAUCCAGCCUGGAAGGGCUGCCGGCCCGUUCGCUCUUGGAAUGCCAAUGGAUAUGCUGAUCAACGCCAUACGCACCGAACCAUGCAUCGUCAAAACCGACUUCAAGUACAGCAACACGAGCCCUCUUGGAGUGGACAUCGUUCUGGACCUGGUUGACAACGGAAUCUGCUUCCGAAUCGAUCCCGUUUCGCAGCGACUCAAGUGCAUCGAACUGUAUGAAUUCUCGAAGCUGCGACUGACCUACAAGUCAAUCGAUUUCAGCUCCAACAAGCAUCUUGCCACGUUCAUUCUGAUCUACAAGACAUUUGGCCCGACAAAUCCCGGAGAAUAUCUCGCCGACUAUCGCUACUCGCUCAAAUACCCGGGCAUAUCGUUCCUGUUCCCGAUACCAGAAAAGUACUUCCCAACAAAGAAAACCAACGAUCUUCCGCUUUCGCUGCCUGAUGGAAGCACGCCCAUCGUCAACCGGAUUUACAUAUACCAGGGCGAGAGCUGGGCCCGCGCUGUGCCUCCAGCACUGGCCUCACGCGACGUUCUGUCUGAGAAGCUCGUCAUCAAGGCGGGAACGCAUGUCACUUUCACCCGCAAAGCCUGCGCGAUUGAGUUUGGUUGCAUGAGCCAAGAUGUGCUCGCCCAACUUGGUCGGCCUUCGGUAUCGUUCUUCAAGCAAGACGACAAGAUGAAUAUCCACGGGGCCAGAGAGCAAAGAUUCCAGCGUCCUUCAAAGUACUACAUCUGGAGCUACUUUCUCCUGGGAAUCGACAUCUUCUUCGACACAUACACGCACACAGUCAAGAAAUUUGCCUUCCACACCAACUUUCCCGGCCAAUACGACUUUAACCGCUAUCGCAAGUGCAACUUUGAAAUCGCAAGCGAAAGCAAGGCUCAGAACGUGACAUCGGACUCUACAUGGACCGAGAUUCUCCAGGCGUUCGGCGAGCCUCUCGGCGACCCGGUUAUCUUUGACCGCGGGCCGACCACGCCCUUUGGAGCAACGUCGUUCUAUGGAUACAAGGGACUGAUCUUUGAGAUCAUGAAGAACGGCUACAUUUGCUCCCUGACAAUGUACCAAUGCGGUAACACCUAAUUCAGGGGGAAAUGGGACUUGACGCAUGGCCUUUGCCUUGGCGCCAUGACACAUCGCCAAAGGCGAUGACAGCCUCGGUCUCCUCGGACAUACUAUUUGGCCAUGGUUGCAAUGAGUCGGUGGGUGUAUUCAGUUCCCAGCAAACAACACCAGUCCCUGCUCAAAUCGGAGUGUCCGUUUCAUUACGGGAAUGCUGUAUUCAGGCGUGUUCAGCUCAAUGGAAGUGUGUGUUCAGGGGAGGGCACAGAGGCAUACACUGUCGGGAGGCAGGGCCAGCCAAAAGCCAACUGAUGACCACCUUCAUUCUCGUCCGGUCAGGAAAGACAGAGCAGAGCGAUGCAAAGAGCGAUGGAGGGAAGAAGGGAGAGGGAGGGCCAGGCCAUUAUUGCUCCGCUUGGACCAUCUCCCCAACACAUGGUGAAAAAUGAGACGAGAGCUCUAAAAAAUGCAAAUGCA